GCCCUCUAUAGGCACAAAGGCAAAACUCCCACCACCGCCGCAGACUCCAAGACUCCCGGUCUGCGGUAUAACAAGAAGUUCCAAGAUAGCACGCACGGCACGACUAUACUCCGGCCGGAAGUACAGUGCGCAUCACGUGAUGUAAGCGGCACUAUAGCCGUGUGUGCUCGUCUUGCACUGCUCCUGCUGCUGCUAACCCUGAGGACGCCAUGACUGAGACGUUCCUGCAGAGAGCGGCCGCCGCUAUGAAAGACACGUGUCCCGGCCUCUCGCGUCACAUGAUGUCCCUUUGUCCAUCUCUCAAAAGUGCGAAAAGUACAGAAAAAGGGAUUUGCACAUUCUGUUUCCAAAUCUUUAUGCCUGGUAACCACAAAGUUCGUCUAAGGCCCAAAAUGAAAAUAACACCACGUAUUGAAAGUCUAUUAAGAAAAGAAUCAAAAAGCCACAGACUGAACCUCAAGCAAACAAGGCUCCUUAGGAAAUACAAAUGUGCAAGGAGUGUCUUGGUGGUUACAUGCAAUACAUGCAAAAUGGUUUCCAAGUAUCCUGGUGAGAGCAGGUCUAUUCUCUCAAAUGGCCCUGGCACGCCCAAGACUAAGCAAAGUUUUGGGUCUCCUGACUUGAGAACACCUGGAUCAAGUAGGAAAGUGAACCUUUCAUACAGUGAAGAAAAGCUAAGCUCUAAAGGCAAGAGCCCUGUACUAACACCCAGGUCAUGUGCGUCUGCCCAUUCCUCACCAGCAACAGCAGCAAAGUCUGCAAAGAAGGGCAAAUUUACAUUUUCAAGAUUGAAAAUGCUUCUUGGUCAAGAGAAGAAGGAGCCAAAUAAAAAGGGAGAUUUACAGAAUUUUCUUACAUCUCUUUCCUGAUGGAUAUACAGUAAAUAAUUAGCAUUUUAUGUUGCAGGAUUAAUUGAAUUUACUAAAAAUGUAUGCACCAUUAACUUUUGCACAAAUAAUAAUGUACAAUUUAUGUG